AUUUCCACGGUCCAUUUCCUUCUUGGAUUCCAAGGUUCUUCCAAAGUUCUUUUGAUUCUUCGCGUGUUCUUCAUACCAAACAUGCUUCGAGCCAAGCGCCAAAACACUCAGCCUUUGGAGGAUUCCUCCGUGGCCCCCGAAACAUUCACCGACAGCCUCCCACUCCCAAAGCUGAUCGCUUUCGACCUGGACUACACCUUGUGGCCGUUCUGGGUCGACACACAUGUCAGCGCCCCUGUCAAGGCACGCGACAAUAACUCCCGUGCCGUAGACCGAUGGGGAGAGUCCUUCGCCUUCUAUCCAGCAGUCUCGUCCAUAGUCUACGCCUGCAAACAUCGCUCGAUUCCACUGGCUCUCGCAUCCCGAACCCAAACCCCAGAUCUGGCGCGUGACAUGCUCAAAUCCCUACAUAUCAUCCCCACCUUCUCCGAUAACCCCGCCGCGAACGCUAAGACCAUCCGCGCCCUCGAUUACUUUGAUUUUAUCCAGAUCUUCCCCGGGAAUAAGACAUCGCAUUUCUCGAAAAUUCAGCAGACGAGCAGUGUGGCUUAUGAGGAUAUGCUGUUCUUCGAUGAUGAGGCGCGGAACCGGAACGUCGAGACGGAGUUGGGUGUCACAUUUUGCUUGGUGCGCGAUGGGAUGACCAGGGAAGAGGUCGACCGGGGCGUUCGAGCUUGGAGAAAGCGCAAUGGUAUCAAGCCAGAGACCGCUGAGGAAUCAUGAGCUCCAUUGGGUGUCUUAUCCGAUCCUACAUUGGGGGUGUUGCGCUUUAGACUUGGUUUUCGAUAUUAGAUACCCCGGCUCGGAAUAUAUGACGAAUGCAUUUUCCUACACUAUACAUUUCAAUGUCAAGUUGAAUAGUAACAUUUGAAACUAUAUUGUAU